AAUACUUUCCGGGUAGCAGGCUCUCUCCAGCUGAGCAUAGUUAGCCUGUAGGCUAAAUGUGCUAACAUGGUAAAACAGUAGAGACGUCGUGACAAAGACGUCUUACUUUUUGCAUUUAAUUUUUCCUUCUUUGAUUCGUUAAUGUGAGGAAAAUGUCCGGGUUUCAGGAUGUGAUGCUGCAGACAGCAGGUUGGUUUUCUGUCCUGGUGAUAUUUCAGGGAGCCGAGCUUUUAGCCACAGCUAGUUAAUAAAAUCACUGAGUUUACUAAACUGAAAGAGUCGUUAAUGGUUGUGCUGUAACGAUUAUAAAGUGCCUGACGGGGCUUCACGUAUAGAUUUAAUAAAUAUGUAGCCUGAAGCUCCGUUACAGCAUGGCAAGUAUAAAACACCAUUCAUUCACAGAGCUAUUCAAACUGAUCUAUCUAUCUAUCUAUCUAUCUAUCUAUCUAUUUUGACAGCUUUGGCAAGCAUUUCAUGCAUUUAAAUCUGCUACUUUUGACAAUUAAUAUUUUUCCCAGAUAUCAUUCUAUCUUCCCCAUCAGAAGUGUACUGCUCAACACAAGGAAGGGUAAUGCAAUAUUCAAACAAAAUAAAACUACAAUAUAUAAUUGAAAUGACAAACUCUAAAAUUCUCAAAUUACAGAUAGUGUAACAUUUUAGAAUAGCUUUAUAGGCUGUCCUUUGAAGUAUCAGGGUGUCUUUUGUCCUUUGACUUAAGUGUCCUUUAAGUCUGUAGGCUGGCAACUGUCUUGUUCUUGGCAUGACCAAAAAUAAAUAAAUAAAUGAAAAUCAAGUUAGAGCAGCUGCAAACAAUUUCACACCUCAGUGAAAUAAAACUGACAGGAGAAUACCACUAAACAUUUUGCUUCUGCUCAACUUAACAAAGAACCAACUCUCACAUUCAAUUACAGAACAAUAUGUCGAAGUGAUUAUAAAGUAGAGGAGAGUGGGGUAAGUUGGGCCAACUCCUGUUGCUUAAAAAUGGUCAAAGAAAUUGAUCAUGUGACCAAAUAUUUAGGAGAUGAACAUCAAUUCAUGGAGUCUGUGAAGGUUAGAAGCACAUGGGUGAAGGGGUUAGACAUUUAUUUAAAAAAAAAACAAAAAAACAUUUUUCACUCUUGAAAGGGAAUUUAGUCUGUCAUAAGUUUUAAUAAAAUUGUGUUCAGAACAAAAAAAGGUAAUUUUAAAUUUGUUUUAUACAUCAAUUAUGGUAUCUAUGAGCUACAACUUGAGGUCAACUUACCCCAUGUGGUAAGUUGACCAUAGGAGACCACUUUUUUGGCAUGCUAUAUUAUCAAGACAGUUAUAUUUACACUCAUUCUGUUGGUUUGCAGGGAUGCACAACAUCUUGAAAUAUAUGAAGAUACACUAGUUAGAGACAAAACUAUGAUUGCCCUGAUGUAGUGAUCUGAAAUAUGAAAAAUAGCUCAUCACACCCCACUCUCCCCUGAUGAUCGGAACAGCACCAGUCUGCAGCUGCCUGUCGUAGCCAGGACAGUAUUAAAAAAAAGUUCUGGAGCAAUGCUUGAGAAAGUUUGAUGUAAAAUGUGAAAACUAAAACCGUUUAAUUUUGAUAACUUUGUCCUGCAGACAUCCAGCAGGUAUUGGUGAUCAAGGAGGAGCUUUACGAUGAGGAACAGGAGAGAAACCCCUCAGUGGAUCAAGAGGACACUGAGCCCCCACUUAUUAAAGAGGAACAGGAGGAACUGUGGAACAAUCAGGAGAGUGAGCAGCAUCAAAGCCUUGAGAGGGCCGAUACAUCCAAGUUCCUGUACAUGCCAGUUUCUGUGAAGAAUGAAGACAAUGAUGAGAAACCUCAGUACUUACGUCUUGAUCAAAAACAAGCUAAACAAAUGGAAACAGAAGCUGAUGGAGAGUACUAUGACAGAGCGGAAUCAACCAGGACUUCAGAUCCACAGAGGCAUUUAACUGAGACUGAGGCCAAGACUGAAGAAUUUUCUGAACCUGGUACUGGAGACACUGACAGUUAUUGGCAGGAGACAGAUGAGCAUCAAUCAGCAGUGAAAAAUAUGCAAAAUAAAAGACCAAAUACUGACAAGAAAUCACACAGCUGUGCUGAGUGUGGUAAAACAUUCACAGAGAAACGUAAUCUGACCAGACACUUGAAGAUUCACACAGGAGAGAAACCUUUCAGCUGCUCGGAGUGCAGUAAAAGAUUUAGCCAGGAAGUGGAACUGAACUCACACAUGUUAGUUCACACAGAAGAGAAACCUUUCAGCUGCUCUGUCUGUAGUAAAAGCUUCACAGAAAAAUGGAAUCUGACCAGACACUUGAGGAUCCAUACAGGGGAGAAACCUUUCAGCUGCUCUGAGUGUGGUAGAAAAUUUAACCAGAAAGUUGAACUGACAUCACACAUAUUAGCUCACACGGGAGAGAAACCUUUCAGCUGCACUGUAUGUAGUAAAACAUAUUACCGAAAAGCAAAUCUCAGAUCACAUAUGAAAAAUCACGGAGAAGAGAAACCCUUUAGCUGCUCUGAGUGUGGUAAGGGAUUUAAACACAAAGUCAGUUUGACCACACACAUGUUGGUUCACACAGGAGAGAAACCCUUCAGCUGCUCUGUCUGUAGUAAAAGAUUUUACCAAAAAUGGCAUAUGACCUCACACAUGUGGGUUCAUACAGGAGAGGAACCCUUCAGCUGCCCUUUCUGCAGUAAAAAGUUUUACCUUAAGGGACAUUUCAGCUCUCAUAUUUUGAUACACACUGGAGAGAAGCCCUUCCACUGUACUGAGUGCAGCAAAACCUUUAACAGGAAAGACAGCCUUACCAGACAUAUGCUGGUUCACACUGGGGAGAAACCCUUUAACUGCAGUUUUUGUGACCAGGGAUUCUCUUUGUCCAAUCAGUUAAAAAACCACAAGUGUCUUGGCAGUCGGGAUUUAGAGCUUCACCACAUCCAGACUGAGAGAAAAGACAGGGGUAAAAAGAAAAACAAGAAAGGGGAAGCAAAAACCAGAGCUGAUGGAGAGGACUGUGGAGGACCAGAACCAGCCAGAGAUUCAGAUCUAGAGAGACAUUUACAAAGUGGGACUGUUAAAACUGAAGACUCCUCAGAACCUGAGACUGAAGACAGUGAUGAUUGGAAAGAAACCAGAGAACUGCAGCCAGGUUUAGACUGAGUUAUUGAUGAGUUUCUGCUAAUGAUUUAAGAUGGGUUAGAUUCAACUAGAGCCACUUCCCAAAGAGACAAAAACCCCAGUAUUUGCGACAAAUGAUUGUUUGGUAUGUGGCAUUGCAAUAUACAGAUACAGAUACAAAUUGUGACAUCUGAUCCUUUUUGAUGAUAUGGGGUUAAAAUUCCAGAAACAUGAGAGUAAAACACUGAUUGCUCUUAUUUUAAUAUCUUCAACUAAUAUUUCCUCUGCUACAACAACUUUGUUUUUGAUGCUGUUGCACAGUAAUUAACAUGGGUUCAGCUGAUACUGGAUAUUUUGUUGACAUUUUAAUUAUAAUUUUGUUUAUUUGUUAAACUCAUACAAUUAACAUGAAACAGUAACAAAAAGAUAUAAAAUGAUGCCUUGGCAGUUUGUCUUGCUGGUGUAAAACAAAUGUAUUAAAGUAUUGUGGUUUUAUAGUGUAGGGUCAUGAAUACAAGAUGACAGGGCUCAAAGUUUUCUAUUAAACAAGUCUUAUCAGACUGUGGUAGUUCUGUAAUGGGACCCGCUGAACUUGCCAAGAAGACCUUAGACAUUUAACACAAAGUAAAGUUCAUAGAUGGUGUUCUGUCUCAUUGUAUUCUAAUGGUUUAUGUAUAUGGACUUUUUUAAUGCAAGGUUACAAAUAAGCUGUCCUAAGAACUUUUUGCUACCCAACCUACCCAGAGACGUUAAAGGAAACAGGUUUACAGAAGUUGGACACCUUUGCUGGUCCCAAUGUGCUGGUCCAAAAGAUAGAUCUCAAAAACCAAAAUAUUAAUAUGAAAAUUUUUUUUAGAUAACUGAACCAGACAUGAAGGUGGGACGAUUUUGAUAUGGCCCGAACACAGCACAGUUAAGUCUCUGAACAGAAUCAGAAUCAUAAGUCAUUACACCUGCUUCCAAAAAUACAAACGUUAAUGAAAGAGAAUAGAAGUACAGAUGAAGUAAGGAUUAAUAAGAAAUUACAAUGGUUAAUACAGGUGUGUAAAAUAUUAGAAAUAAAGCUAUUUACAAAGCAGAGUAAACCAACAGAAUGAGUGUAAACAUAACUGUCUUGAUGAUGUAGCAUGUAAGUUGAGUCGUAUCCCUACAACCCCCCACUCUCCACCCUAGCCCUCCCUAAAUAACAGUCACUUCUUCACGUUCAUGUGUAUUUUUGUCUAUUAUACGCUAUUCAACUGGCACAAUAAUUCUUAUCAUUAUUGCAUAUAACUGCUGAAAAGCUGUUUGUAAAAAGCCAUUUUAACAUGAGACUGUCUUUAAGUGAUUCAGAACAUUCACAGCUGUAUUUUUGAAAAGAAAAAGUAAUACAUUUCAACAAUCUGAACUGAAACUCUGAUCCUCUCAUCAGACUCCUUUACUUUCUCAGUUUAGCCACUGGCUCAACUUACCCCAGAACUACUAUGAUGACUUUAUUAGUCCUCUAAGCUAUAAUGGUGGACUUUUAUGCUGGGUUUUUGACCUCAUAUUGUAGCUCAUAGAUACCACAAUUCUAAUUUAAAAAAACUAAUUUAAGAUUAUCUUUUUUGGUCUGAACACAAUUCUAAUAAAACUUAUGACAGACUAAAUUCACUUUCAAGAGUGAAAAAUGUUGUUUUGGAAAUAAAUGGAUUUUUUUUUUAUUUUUAUCAAGCUCCGGUGUCACACUCCAAUCCAGUUGGUGGCGGUAAUGAGUUGGUUUACGCCGUUAAACACCAACGAAGAAGAAAAGCAGCCAUAACAUUAUAGUUUCC